CGCGCGUUCGAACGAUUGAUGAAGGAGAAGGAGAAGGAGAAGAGCAGGCAGCGAAGUCUUUGGUAAUGGUGGAAUCGGAGGGAUCGAACCAGGCGGAGAAGAGAGAUGUUGCUCCCUCCACGGCCCUGGAGUACCUCGAUCCUUCCUACUGGGACGAGAGGUUCUCUCGCGAGGAGCACUACGAGUGGUUCAAGGACUACUCUCAUUUCCGCCACCUGAUGCAGCAGAAUGUCAAGCCCGGUUCUUCCGUUCUGGAGCUUGGUUGUGGAAACUCGCAGCUAUGCGAAAAUCUCUAUGACGACGGGGUUACGGAUGUAACAUGCAUUGAUCUGUCGGCUGUGGCUGUGGAAAGGAUGCAAAAACGGGUACAGUCCAAGGGAUAUAAAGAAAUUAAAGUGCUAGAAGCUGACAUGCUAGACCUGCCCUUUGGUGAUGAGUGCUUUGAUGUGGUAAUUGAGAAAGGAACGAUGGAUGUAUUGUUCGUGGACAGUGGCGACCCAUGGAACCCUCGACCUGCAACAGUAGCUAGAGUCAUGCUGAUGCUUCAAGGUGUACACCGUGUCUUAAAACCGGAUGGAAUAUUUAUAUCUAUUGCUUUUGGUCAGCCGCAUUUCAGACGUCCUUUAUUUGAUUCUCCAGAGUUUACAUGGUCUGUGGAGUGGAACACAUUCGGUGAUGGAUUCCACUACUUUUUCUACAUCUUGAAAAAGGGACAGCGAUCAAUAGAUGGCGAGAAGCCUGGAAACAAGCUGCCGGUGCCAUCCAUUAACUUGCUUCAUGAGGAACUGGAGAGUGAAGAUUAUCUUUUCCGGAAUCUUAUUGAUGAGAUGGACUGCUAAAACAGACCUCGGCAAUUCUCUUUCUGGUCCAUAAUUUAUCAUCACAAUCUCACAAAAUUUUUGACCUGAAUUGAUAACUCAGAUGAAGAAACGGAUGUUGAAAAUCGCGGUUUCACUUCUGAGAUUGAUCAUGUAUCGGGCAAGAAGCACAACAUUUAUAAUGGGUAAUUUUUGCAAAGCUAAUUCAUU